AUGGCUGGGGAAGGAGCGACCCUGCCAGAGGGUGUCUUCUCCCUGUUAGACACCGAUCUCUACAAACUUACUAUGCAAUGUUGCGUCCUCAAAUUUUUCCCCAGUGUUCCAGUCACAUACAGCUUCACCAACCGCACUCCUGACAAGAAGCUCAAUCGCGCAGCCUUUCUAUGGCUUCAAACCCAGGUCGAAAAGCUCGAGAACCUCACUGUCUCUACUGAUGAGCUCAACUUCCUCAAGAAAACAUGCCCAUACCUCAACCCCCAGUACCUCGAAUUCCUCUCUACGUUUCGCCUUGAACCUUCGAAGCAACUGAAGUUGAUUUUCAACCCAACACAAGAUACCGGUUCGGAAGAUGAUCUGGGUGAUUUCCGCAUACACGUCGAGGGCCUGUGGUUGGACACCAUCCUAUACGAGAUACCGUUGCUCGCGCUUGUCAGCGAGGCGUACUUCAAGUUUGUCGAAAAAGACUGGAGCCACGUGGGUCAGGUCGAUAAAGCGCAUGAGAAAGGACGAAGACUGUUGGAGGAGGGCUGCAUAUUCUCCGAGUUUGGCACGCGGAGACGUCGCGACUACCACACACAGGACCUGGUAUUGCGAGGCUUACGUCGGGCUGCUGACGAGGCAAGUAGCGCAGGAUGGAAGGGAAAGCUUACCGGGACAAGCAAUGUCCAUUUCGCCAUGAAGUAUGCCAUCGUGCCAAUCGGCACAGUCGCCCACGAGUGGUUCAUGGGGGUUGCGGCUAUCACAGACAACUACGAACGUGCGAACGAAAUUGCGUUGGACUACUGGACAGCGACCUUUGGUGAAGGUGUUUUGAGCAUUGCGCUCACAGAUACGUUUGGCACACCGACAUUCUUGAAGGCUUUCAAGCAACCUAUUUCUGAAGUCGCGACCACGACACCCGGAAGCGCUACGGAACAGGCUUCGGCCGCAGCCACAGCCGGAUUUGUCGACGGCGUCUCGAAACCACGGAAGACGUUCGCAGAAGUAUUCACCGGCGUGCGCCAAGACUCUGGGGAUCCAUUGGAUUUCAUCAAGAUGAUGCGUGAGUUCUACAAUGGGGAGGGUAUUAAAGCCAAGAAGACGAUCGUGUUCUCCGACUCUUUGAACCUGGACCUUUGCUUCAAAUACAAGGCUGCGGCUGAGGCUGAAGGGUUCCAGCCUUCCUUUGGUGUUGGAACGUUUUUGACUAACGACUACGUUGAGAAAACAACCGGCAACAAGUCUGUGCCUCUCAAUAUCGUGAUCAAGAUUGCCUCGGCCUCGGGGCGUCACGCUGUCAAGAUCAGCGACAACAUGGGCAAGAAUACGGGUGACAACGCGACAGUCGAUCAGGUCAAGCAACGACUUGGCUACAAAGAGAAGGUGUGGGCAGGCGGCGACGAAAAGACGCGAUGGGGGAGUGGAGAUCAGCCAGCCACAGGAUAGGAAGUCUGGGCGAACGUCUACAUUGUACACAAGUACAAACCAGAGAAGAAUGGUAGAUGGGAUAGAUGGCCAACCAGCAAGAGUGGAGGCUUUGACCAGCUGAAGUGCAACCUGCAAGGCUGACUCUAGCCUGGACCCUGGAUCGGAAAGCCAGCGUCUCUUGAUACCUGUGGAGGGGGUGGAGCAAGAUACUGAGUGUUGGAUACUGUAGAAUAAGAUGCGCAAGAAAGCAGGCCAAGUGUGCUUGGAUUCCUCCUCACAUUGACUGUGCAAGGUGCAAGGUCCAAAUUUAGAGAUGUGCAAUGUGUAUGCGGACGGACGACGCGCCUGGGCUAAAUGCAGACCCACCUUUGCCCAGCG